UCUUAUCUUAGCAACUUGCUUCUUAGGGGCACCUAGCUGUGACGGGGUAACGAUUCACCGCGAACAUGGUAAGAUCCCAGCCACUCCUAUUCAAACCAAUAAAUAAUAUCACUCACUUGUUAUAUCGCUAAUUAAGAUCAAAUUCUUAACUGAUAUCUAAAGACUUGAACAUAUUUGCCAAGAGGGACGUACUUGUAUCCGCUAAAUUAUUAUUGUCAAGUUAUAGAAAUGUGGCUUUAUAGCAUAUCUUGUAUACUUGCUCUUAGUAGCUUAGGAUGCGCUGUUCCGUAUUCCAAUAAGCUACAUAAGAAAACGGCCCUCGUCAUCAUUGAUGUACAGAACGACUUCAUCAACGGCUCUUUAGCCAAUCCGCGAGCUCCUGUUAUCCUACCUAAAAUCUACCAACUCUUGGAUAAUCAUGAGUGGCCUUUCGUUGUCGCUUCUCAGGACUGGCAUCCCAAAGGGCAUGUUUCGUUCUUCUCAAGUCAUCCUGGGAAAGUCUCUGGAGACACUGUGAACGAUAGCUUCGUGGAUACCCCUACGAAAACCGAAACGCAGACGCUGUACGCGGACCACUGCAUUCCAGAGACGUGGGGCGCUGAAAUAGAACGUGGCGUUCAGACGCGAUUGCACUCACUCGAAGGCUACCGCGCCCCCGUCAAUUACAUCAAGAAAGCACAGGACCACUCAGUCGACUCAUACUCGGCAUUCGCUGAUAACCAGUACCACCGCUUCACCACUCUGCACUCCGAGUUGACCUUGCAUAGCAUCGAGACUCUAAUCGUAACGGGGCUGUUGACGAGCGCAUGCGUCCGUGGAACGAGUAUCGAUGGAAUCAAGCUAGGGUACGAAGUCGUGCUCAUAGAGGACGCCACCGAAUCAAUUAGUGCUGAGGACAAGGCCGCGGCUAUCAAGGAGCUGCAGGGUUGGGGGGUGCAGGUUUUAAAUCUGUCAGAUUGGGAGGGCGCAAAUCCUACUCCGGUAAAAUCCAGGACGAGGGAAUUGUAAUCACGAGAUUAUCGUAUUACGCGUGUGGCUUGUCUCGGCCCAUGGGGUCCGAAGUGCACAUGAUAAUAGGCGUGUCAGAACGAAAUAGAGAAUAUUUUAUGGGAAAUUCAGACAGGGGCGCAUUUAACCCGUAUGUACGCGUGUUAAUAAUUUCAGUAAUUAGGAAUGGGCGAGUGAAACAAAAGUGGUCGGGAAGUUGAGGGCUUAGGAAACUACACUUGGCUGGUUGGAAAACAGAUCUUGAAAUCGGAUGAUGAGCUAGUGGAAGUUAUCUG